AUGAUGUUUGUUUUAAGCUUAUUAUUAUUGGCUCUCGUAGGGCAAGGAGCAUCACAAACCCCGGCGCCUUCUGCCACCUCGACUGCUACGCCAUGCUACGCCCGCUGCUUUUCGCAAUUUAUGGUGGAUCAGGCCAACUCGUGCAAGACGAAAUGCGUUUGCGCCGGGUCGAAGUCGUUAUUGGACUUUGACUGCUGUAUGGCGGGCUGUCCCGCGGAUCAACAGUCGACUGUAACGCCCUUCUUGCAGAAUUCCUGCGACGACGGCAAGUCCAUUGCCCUCAAAUUCACAUGCGGGGCGAACAGGACCACCUCAACGUCAGCCGUGUUCUUGAUGUCAAACCCAACAGCACUUGUCACCUCUCUGAUUCUAGUGACUGCGCAAACUACUCAGCAAAGCACUCCGACAAGUACCAGUGGAGCAGAUAGUAGUGCCAGUAACGCCGGGAGUGGCGGCACUCCGCCAGCCGUCAGUCUGGGGGUUGGACUCGGGGUGGGUUUGCCUUUGGCGGCGCUGGUUGUCGGCGGGCUUGCGCUGCUCUGGAGGAGAUCGAGGCGGAAGGCGGACACGAAGGGUUGCAUAUCCGGUUCCGAAGGAGGAGUACCAGAUGGUUUGGGGAGGACUUUUGUGUUUCCUAGCACCAUGGUGCUUCCCACCCCGGAGAUGUCGGUCAAAGACUUUAUGUGGGAUCCUAUGGUAACUCCCGAUGACGCGUCGGCUGAAUAUGUACAGCAGCAGGAGUUGUCAGUUUGA